AUGAGCACUACAGAACCAGAGCAUCACAUCACCCAGCCCAGCUUCCCCGGGACAUCACAUCACCCAGCCCAGCUUCCCCAGGACAUCAAGGCCAGUACAGCCCUGGAUCACAAAGCAUUACAUUCUCCUGCCAUGUGGAAAACAAAACAGGAGUUUAUUAUCUAUGCAGUCACUUUACCCCUACCUACAUGCACAAAUUACCUCGACUAACCUGUAUCCCCGCACAUUGACUCGGUACCGGUACCCCCUGUAUAUAGCCUCAUUGUUGUUAUUUUAUUGUGUCACUUUUUACUUUAUUUAGUAAAUAUUUUAACUCUAUUUUCUUAAAACUGCAUUGUUGGUUAAGGGCUUGUCAGUAAGCAUUUCACUGUAAGGUCUACACCUGUUGUAUUUGGCGCAUGUGACAAAUAAAUGUGAUUUGAUUUGAGUUACACACUCAAUGAUAACAUGCCAAACAAUAACUCUCACCUAACCAGCACCCCAGGGCUCCUAAAGGUGUUACCCCCACAGCAGGGGCUGCGUUAUAGGUCAGGAAGUUCCCAAUCUGGUCCACAAUCACUGUUAGAAGGAAUUCAUAAGAGGUCAGUGGCAUUCAAUGAAUAUCAAAAAUUAUAUAAGUUAUUGUCUCUUGGAAACAUUCCUUGCACAUCACGGGAACUUUACUAUGAAAACGUUAGUUAAUUACCUAUUGACUCUUAAGGGAACGUUCUCUAAAGUUGUGGGAACGUUUGUUCAAUAAUUAGGCUACUUCAAGGAAGCAAGGGAGGAAUGAAGGAUGCAUGCAAAAUAUUCGAACACGGCCCGGUGACUGGCUAAAGUCUAGCUACGUCAUCCGUUUCGAUGCCCUGGAUGGUUCAGCUGUCAAUCAUAUGGGUCCAACAUGGACGACCUGGUAAUGCAGCAAAGCCCGUGAUAGGACUGGAGGGACCAGAAUAUAAUAAGAAAAGCUUGCAGGUAAGGACAACAUAAUUGUAUACAUUUGUCAUAUAAAUGUAGAUGAAGUGAGCAACAUCGGCGAGUGUAUAGGAUGUGAAACGCUUCUGUCCGUGCAUUUGUUAUGACCUAACGUUAGCUAGGUAGCUUGCUUGGAUAGCCGCAGCGCUAAAGUAAACUCAUAUUUGGUCAACUGCAACACUAACGCUAGUAUGAUAACACAGCAAGUAUCCAAACAGUUUAGAUAAAUGUAGCUAAAACAAGUGUGUGGUAACUAGUGUAGAUUUGCUUUGCAAAUGUAGCGAUAACGGUAUUAAGAACAAUGUUGAUUGCUGUGUCUUACUGUCGAAGACUUAAUUUGUCAAUAAAAUCUAGCUAGCUAGCCAAACACUAGCCUGCAGAUCCGAACCGCUUGCUUACAGCUGCCCAACGGUCGGACAACAUCCCUGGGAAUAUUAUAUAAAGACACCACGGAGCCGGCGCUAGAUAUGGCUCGGAAAAUGUACCUCAAUCCAGGGAUGAGAAAUGCCUUGUUCUCCGAAUUGUCCAAUUAUCCGAACUGUUACAGAAGAAGAUUUAACGACGGGCUAGCUAGUUUUUCCCGGAACACGGUCCUUUUUGUCCUCAUGCUAAAUAGCUAGAAGUUAAUGCAGCCAUUUUGGAAUGGCAGUGUCAGCCAAUCAGCUCCUUUGUUGUUCAACGCGACCCCCAUCCCAUAAUGGCUGCUGUUGCUACUGCUAGCUAGCAUGGGGACGAUAUCUGCACUUUACUUAAACUAGCAGUCGUUCAAUCUUUCGGUGUAACAGUUGGGAUAAUGGGACAAUUCGGAGUACAACGCAUUUCUCAAAUCAUAGUUUAUUGGUCACAUUAUACACAGAUUUGCAGGUGCAGCGAAAUGCUUGUGUUUCUAGGUCCAACAGUGCAGUAAUACCUAGCAAUAAUACAAUUAAAAAAAACACAUAAUCCAGAAAAAUUAAGAAAUAUCAGGAAAAAGCAUUGUCAGAGACCGGAAUAUAAAUAUGAACAAAAAUGUAAACCCAACAAUUGCAACGAUUUUACUGAGUUACAGAUCAUAUAAAGAAAUCAGUCAAUUGAACUAAAUUCAUUAGUCCCUAAUCUAUGGAUUUCACAUUACUGGGCAGAGGUGCAGCCAUGGGUGGGCCUGGGAGGGCAAAGGCCCAGCCACUGGGGAGCCAGGCCCAGCCAAUCAGAAUGAGUUUUUCCACACAAAAGGGCUUUAUUACAGACAGAAAUACUCCUCAGUUUCAUCAGCUGUCUGGGUGGCUGGUCUCAGAUGAUCCCGCAGGUGAAGAAGCUGGAUGUGGAGGUCCUGGGCUGGCGUGGUUAUACGUGGUCUGCAGUUGUGAGGCCGGUUGGACGCACUGCCAAAUUCUCUAAAAUGACAUUGGUAGAGAAAUUAACAUUCAAUUCUCUGCCAACAGCUCUGUUGGACAUUCCUGCAGUCAGCAUGCCAAUUGCACACUCCCUCAACUUGAGACAUCUGUGGCAUUGUGUUGUGUGACAAAACUGCACAUUGUAGAGUGGCCUUUUAUUGUCCCCAACACAAGCGGCACCUGUGUAAUGAUCAUGCUGUUUAAUCAGCUUUUUGAAAUGCCACAACUGUCAGGUGGAUGGAUUAUCUUGGCAAAGGAGAAAUGCUCACUAACAGGGAAGUAAACAAAUUUGUGCACAACAUUUGAGAGAAAUAAGCAUUUUGUGCGCAUGGAAGUUUUAUUUAUAUUUUUGUAUAUAUAUAUAUAUAUAUAUAUAUAUAUAUAUAUACACAGCUCUGGAAAAAAAUUAAGAGACCACUGCACAUUUUUCUUAAAUCAGCAUCUCUACAUGUAUGACAGCCGUUCCAUUCCAGUGUCUGUUGAAUUCCAACACAGGCACACCUCAUUCUACUGAAUUAGGUACUGAUUAGGUGAUCACCUGAACCAAAUAUUAUUUAACGAGGAAAAGUAUAAAAACCACUGCUGUGGUCAUCACUAUCCUCUUGCAAUAGGACCAGAUGGAUGGCAAAAACAGUGCUAAUAGUACCUCAACAGUAAUAUUAAUACAAAAAUAACUAUUGACCAUGCCAAAAGAGUUGAAAAGGAAAGUUUUGAGUGAGGAAAAGAAGGGUUCAAUUAUGGCUUUACUGGCAGAGGGAUACAGUGAGCGUCAGGUUGCUUCCAUCCUUAAAAUUUAAAAGACGGCGGUUCAUAAGAACAAGGUCAAGCAGCAGACAUUGGGGACAAACAAAGCUACAGACCGGCAGAGGGCGAAAAUGACUCUCUACUGACCGGGAUGACCGCAGACUCAUUCGAAUGUCACUCGUCAACCGUAGGAUGACAUCAAGUUGGGGUGAAGUGCACGGCGAGGACGGUUCGAAACAGGCUCCUAGGGGCAGGGCUGAAGUCGUGCAAAGCUAGAAAAAAGCCCUUCAUCAAUGGGAAGCAAAGAAGAGCCAGGCUGAGGUUUGCAAAAGACCAUAAGGAUUGGACCGUAGAGGACUGGAGUAAGGUAAUCUUCUCUGAUGAGUCCAAUUUUCAGCUUUGCCCAACACCUGGUCGUCUAAUGGUUAGACGGAGACCUGGAGAGGCCUACAAGCCACAGUGUCUCGCACCCACUGUGAAAUUUGGUGGAGGAUCGGUGAUGAUCUGGGGGUGCUUCAGUAAGGCUGGAAUCGGGCAGAUUUGUCUUUGUGAAGGACUCAUGAAUCAAGCCACGUACAAGGUUGUCCUGGAAGAAAACUUGCUUCCUUUUGCUCUGACAUUGUUCCCCAACUCUGAGGAUUGGUUUUUCCAGCAGGACAAUGCGCCAUGCCACACAGCCAGGUCAAUCAAGGUGUGGAUGGAGGGACCACCAGAUCAAGACCCUGUCAUGGCCAGCCCAAUCUCCAGACCUGAACCCCAUUGAAAACUUCUGGAAUGUGAUCAAGAGAUCAAUACCUGGGAUAGGCUAAAGUAUUCCUUCUAACCCCCCCCCCCCCCCCCCCCCCCCCAAAUUGUAAAGUGGUUAUCCCACUGGCUAUAGGGUGAACGCACCAAUUUGUGAGUCGCUCUGGCUAAGAGCGUCUGCUAAAUGACGUUAAUGUGCCCUUGAGCAAGGCACUUAACCCUAAUUGCUCCUGUAAGUCGCUCUGGUUAAGAGCGUCUGCUAAAUGACUAAAAUGUAAAUGUAAAUGUAAGAGGAAGAUGGAUGGUCACAAGCCAUCAAACAAAGCCGAGCUGCUUGAAUUUUUGCGCCAGGAGUGGCAUAAAGUCACCCAACAUCAAUGUGAAAGAAUGGUGGAGAGCAUGCCAAGACGCAUGAAAGCUGUGAUUGAAAGUCAGGGUUAUUCCACCAAAUAUUGAUUUCUGAACUCUUCCUAAGUUAACAUUAGUAUUGUGUUGUUUAAAAAUGAACAUUAACUUAUUUUCUUUGCAUUAUUCGAGGUCUGACAACACUGAAUAUUUUUUGUCAUUUUGACCUUUGUCAUUUUCUGCAAAUAAAUGCUCUAAAUGACAAUAUUGAUUUAUUUCUUUAUUUUUAAUGAUUUAUAAAGCCUGGCACAUCUAACAGGAUAUUGAUUAUAGACCUAAUUAAGUUGGGGUUUCCUCUCUCCUCACUUUUCUUAGACAAUAAGGCAAGGGCUGUUGCUACCUCCACCACAUUGUUCUCAACACCAAUAAGCUGGUUAACUUUGCUAUUAUGCACAUAGCAACAUGGUCAAGGAAAAGGCAGAGUCGGCUAGUAGCUAGAAACAGGGCGACCACGUCUGUUGGCGCCAUCUUGUUCUCGUCCCUGGAUUGAGGUUUGUUUUCCGAGCCAUAUCUCGCCCCGUGGUGUCAUAAUAUACACAGGAAUGCUGUCCGACCCGACUGUAAACAAGCGGGUUUUGAGUUGUUUCAUCUUACUGUCCAAACGCAUUGUAUGCAGCCGGCAAUACACUCAUAUGGUUAAUGUUAAUUCCUGAUGUUGCGCCCUGCAUUCAGCCAUAUGGUUAAUGUUAAUUCCUGAUGUUGCGCCCUGCAUUCAGCCAUAUGGUUAAUGUUAAUUCCUGAUUCCUAUUUCCUAGGGCCGGGACGAUACCAGAAUCGCAAUAAUUCUAACACGAAGCAGACCAAACUCUUUGGUCCUUUAAAUACCUGCUGUAUGUAAACUAUUGUGUGCUUUAGCUUGGAAAAUAGGACAACAUGAUGUUUUGUUUACAACAUUUUAGGGCUGUUUCCGGUUUGUUUUCCGAGCCAUAUCUCGCCCCGUGGUGUCAUAAUAUACACAGGAAUGCUGUCCGACCCGACUGUAAACAAGCGGGUUUUGAGUUGUUUCAUCUUACUGUCCAAACGCAUUGUAUGCAGCCGGCAAUACACUCAUAUGGUUAAUGUUAAUUCCUGAUGUUGCGCCCUGCAUUCAGCCAUAUGGUUAAUGUUAAUUCCUGAUGUUGCGCCCUGCAUUCAGCCAUAUGGUUAAUGUUAAUUCCUGAUGUUGCGCUCUGCAUUCAGCCAUAUGGUUAAUGUUAAUUCCUGAUGUUGCGCCCUGCAUUCAGCCAUAUGGUUAAUGUUAAUUCCUGAUGUUGCGCCCUGCAUUCAGCCAUAUGGUUAAUGUUAAUUCCUGAUGUUGCGCCCUGCAUUCAGCCAUAUGGUUAAUGUUAAUUCCUGAUGUUGCGCUCUGCAUUCAGCCAUAUGGUUAAUGUUAAUUCCUGAUGUUGCGCUCUGCAUUCAGCCAUAUGGUUAAUGUUAAUUCCUGAUGUUGCGCCCUGCAUUCAGCCAUAUGGUUAAUGUUAAUUCCUGAUGUUGCGCCCUGCAUUCAGCCAUAUGGUUAAUGUUAAUUCCUGAUGUUGCGCCCUGCAUUCAGCCAUAUGGUUAAUGUUAAUUCCUGAUGUUGCGCCCUGCAUUCAGCCAUAUGGUUAAUGUUAAUUCCUGAUGUUGCGCUCUGCAUUCAGCCAUAUGGUUAAAGUUAAUUCCUGAUGUUGCGCCCUGCAUUCAGCCAUAUGGUUAAUGUUAAUUCCUGAUGUUGCGCCCUGCAUUCAGCCAUAUGGUUAAUGUUAAUUCCUGAUGUUGCGCUCUGCAUUCAGCCAUAUGGUUAAUGUUAAUUCCUGAUGUUGCGCCCUGCAUUCAGCCAUAUGGUUAAUGUUAAUUCCUGAUGUUGCGCCCUGCAUUCAGCCAUAUGGUUAAUGUUAAUUCCUGAUGUUGCGCCCUGCAUUCAGCCAUAUGGUUAAUGUUAAUUCCUGAUGUUGCGCUCUGCAUUCAGCCAUAUGGUUAAUGUUAAUUCCUGAUGUUGCGCUCUGCAUUCAGCCAUAUGGUUAAUGUUAAUUCCUGAUGUUGCGCCCUGCAUUCAGCCAUAUGGUUAAUGUUAAUUCCUGAUGUUGCGCCCUGCAUUCAGCCAUAUGGUUAAUGUUAAUUCCUGAUUCCUAUUUCCUAGGGCCGGGACGAUACCAGAAUCGCAAUAAUUCUAACACGAAGCAGACCAAACUCUUUGGUCCUUUAAAUACCUGCUGUAUGUAAACUAUUGUGUGCUUUAGCUUGGAAAAUAGGACAACAUGAUGUUUUGUUUACAACAUUUUAGGGCUGUUUCCCUAAAGAAGUUACAAUCGCUUCAGGGACACGAACACAGCCACGAUAAUAAGAUGAAACGACUUAAUAUCGCCAUCUGUUGCCCUUUGGGCUAGACAAACGUCUAACCACAUUGCGUGCUAGCUUCAUCAGCUACCUAGCUCGCCAGCUAGUUACGCCAUUUCGUUAACCCAGAUAUCGCUUCUCUAUGUUGCUGGCAUUAUGCAACAGUUUACUAACAUUGGCCCCCACAAAAUAAUGAUUUUAAUUGUUAAAAAUAGUCCUGCCCGUGUUACAAACAUAGCUAGCUUGCUAACAUGUUAGCUAGCUGAGCAUCGUCACCUAGGAAACAGGCUUUAAAUGUCACAGAUAACUAACUGCUGAUGUACUGAGGCCCUAUUCAGAUUUUUGUUUUAAUUAUUUGUUCUCUUCAUAGGGCUCGGUGCGUUUGCAGCCAGGAGAGAAGACGGAAAUAUGCCUACUCCGUAUUUUACCCUAGAUGCCCAACUGAGGUUCCAUGACAAAUGGCUGAAGAUCGACCUGCAGGUAAGACCACUGCCCACUUCACUGCCAUGAAAACUCUUGGCUGGAAAGCAGGCCUAUUGUACAAUGAAACAGUGAUGAUAAUUUUAGUUCUUACAAACACCAUGUUGACACAACAUUAUUUUAAAGCCUUGAACAUGGAGGUAGAUGUGCAGGUAGCUUAGUGGUUAAGAGCGUUGUGCCAGUAACCGAAAGGUCGCUGGUUCCAAUCCCCGAGCCGACUAGGUGAAAAAUCUGUCGAUGUGCCCUUGAGCAAGGCACUUAACCCUAAUUGAGCUCCUGUAAGUGGCUCUGGAUAAGAGCGUCUGCUAAAUGACGUAAAUGUAAAUGGUGUGCUUGCCUAGAGAUGAACACCCUGCAUGGGUCGCCAACCCUCUCCUCCUAUAAAGCUACUGGGUGUGAAGGCCCCCACACAAACAGCUGAUUAGACCUGCUGAGGUUUAUUAUGUACAGUUUCAGUUCUCUUCUGUAUUUUGGAGUAAUCAACUGAGACUGACUGGGCCUAUGAUCUCGGAUGGAAGAUUAGCUUCAGUUAACCCGAUUGUGGUAAUGAUGAAUUGCUCUUUCUCAACCAUUCUGUUCUAUUUCCAAUAUGUUAAAGAUAAAUGAUGACAUUGAUUCAAAUCAAAUCAGUAAUGUGGUGGUCUUACCGUGUUUGCCAGCAUGUUAGGUAGGUUCAUGCUGGUUUUGAUCGAAGCAAGGUGCAGAACUCCAGUAUUGGGUCCACUGCAGUUUAAAGGGAUACUCCAGUAUUGGGUCCACUGCAGUUUAAAUGGAUACUUUGGGAUGUUGGCAAUGAUGCCCUUUAUCUACUGACCCAGAGUCAGAUGAACGUUAGAGCAAUGACUGGAAGUCUAUGGGUAUCUGCUAGCAGAGUUGGCUAAAUGGCCUCAUUGACAAAAUCCAGAGGUAUCCCUUUAAACUUUCAAGCUGACUGUGUGAAGUGAUGCAAUGUGAUGUGUGUGUUUAUGUGUUUGUUUUUCUUCAAGACAUUCGAGCUAGUGUUGCAUAAGUAUUUUCCUAAAUGCUUGUUGCCAUAAUUAGACAGGCAGCUCUCAAUGAUGUCCGAGGUUGCUUCCCAAAUGGCACCCUUAUAUUACCCUUCGUAUGUAGGCCUAUAGGGCUCUGAUCAGAAGUAGUGCACUAUAUAGGGAAUAGGGUGCCAUUUGGGAUCCUACACAUGGCUUGGAUGUUAGCAUGCCAUGUUAUUGACAGUGAAACCUGACUCUUUGAAAGCCUGUUUUGGCUGUUUGUCCAUUUAGUCAAUAGUUAUUGGAUUACGUUAUGAAGCAAUGUGAGUAGGGGAAGCCUAGAUUUCUACACUCAUUGACAAAUAGACUCUCAAGCAGGCACAUCAAACUGUGCUGUAAGUCUGUCACAGGAUCAUUUGAUUGCGCAGUAUUCCAGAAUUGUUAUGGCACACUGUUAAUUCAGUAACUUCUAGUAUUUUCAAACCGGAUGUUUGACAGACUGUUGGUGAACCUGCUGUAGCCUUUAAUAUAUUUGGGAUAUUGACAUGGUCCAAAUCUUGUUCUUUAAGAACAAGAGGCUUUAUCAAUCUGUCCAAGAAUAAACCCGCUCCAUGUUGGCCUCUUGCUUCAGUAAAAUACAAUAAUACUACUGCCACCUUAUUCUCUAUAUAGUGCACUAGACUAGACCAGGACGCCCUAACCCUAACCCUUCCUGGUUGUUGUUCUGACUGUGUAUGUUGUGAAAGGCUCGGUAUAAACCCUAAGCUGAUGUCUUUUCCCAUGGCAGCGAGUGUUCUCUCCAGAGGGGCUGAGUGAGAUGUGGAAUGAGAUGGUGAAGGAUGAAGAGAUCACCUUCAAUGGAGAAGAAUCGGCUCACCCAGGUAGAAACUACAAUACCCAUCUACCCUGUACCUUUUCAUGACUACAAUACCCCUGAACCUUUAAAUAUAUUAGUUUUUUUUUUUUGUGUAAGAUUUUCAGGGUUCUCCCCCAGGAAUGUAAGAGGGGGGCUGCACCAUCUUUUUGACUAUGUAAACCUUUCAGAGAAAUCACCUUCCACUGUGAAAAACUACAAGCCUGGAAAUGCCAUGCGUUUCUAAUAUACAGUACCAGUCAAAGGUUUGGACACACCUACUCAUUCAAGGGUUUUUCUUUAUUUUUAAUAUUUUCUACAUUGUUGAAUAAUAGUGAAGACAUCAAAACUAUGAAAUAACACAACCAGAAAAGUGUUAAACAAAUCAAAAUAUAUUUUAUAUUUGAGAUUCUUCAAAGUAGGCACCCUUUGCCUUGACGACAGCUUUGCACACUCUUGGCAUUCUCUCAACCAGCUUCACCUGGAAUGCUUUUCCAGCAGUCUUGAAGGAGUUCCCACAUAUGCUGAGCACUUGUUGGCUGCUUUUCCUUCACUCUGCGGUCCGACUCAUCCCAAACCAUCUCAAUUGGGUUGAGGUCAUGUGAUUGUGGAGGCCAGGUCAUCUGAUGCAGGACUCCAUCACUCUCCUUGGUCAAAUAGCCCUUACACAGCCUGGAGGUGUGUUGUGUCAUUGACCUGUUGAAAAACAAAUGAUAGUCCCACUAAGCGCGAACCAGAUGGGAUGGCGUAUCGCUGCAGAAUGCUGUGGUAGCCAUGCUAGUUAAGUGUGCAUUGAAUUCUAAAUAUAUCACAGACAGUGUCACCAGCAAAGCACCCCCACACCAUCACACCUCCUCCUCCAUGCUUCACGGUGGGAACUACACAUGCGGAGAUCAUCCGUUCACCCACACCGCGUCUCACAAAGACACGGCGGUUGGAACCAAAAAUCUCAAAUUUGAACUCCAGACCAAAGGACAGAUUUCCACCGGUCUAAUGUCCAUUGCUCCUGUUUCUUGGCCCAAGCAGGUCUCUUCUUCUUAUUGGUGUCCUUUAGUAGUGGUUUCUUUGCAGCUAUUCACACAGUCUCCUCUGAACAGUUGAUGUUGAGAUGUGUCUGUUACUUGAACUCUGUGAAGCAUUAUUUGGGAUAACUGUAAUGAACCUAUCCUCUGCAGCAGAGGUAACUCUGGGUCUUCCAUUUCUGUGGCGGUCCUCAUGAGAGCCAGUUUGCGACUGCACUUGAAGAACCUUUAAAAGUUCUUGACUGAUCUUCAUGUCUUAAAGUAAUGAUGGACUGUCAUUUCUAUUUGCUUAUUUGAGCUGUUCUUGCCAUAAUAUGGACUUGGUCUUUUACCAAAUAGGGCUAUUUUCUGUAUACCACCCCUACCUUGUCACAACACAACUGAUUGGCUCAAAUGCAUUAAGAGGAAAGAAAUUCCACAAAUUAACUUUUAACAAGGCACUCCUGUUAAUUGAAAUGCAUUCCAGGUGACUACCUCAUGAAGCUGGUUGAGAUAAUGCCAAGAGUGUGCAAAGCUGUCAUCAAGGCAAAGGGUGGCUAUUUGAAGAAUCUCAAAUAUAAAAUAUUUGGAUUUGUUUAACACUUUUUUGGUUACUACAUGAUUCCAUAUGUGUUAUUUCAUAGUUUUGAUGUCUUCACUAUUAUUCUACAAUGUAGAAAAUAAAAAAAUUAAAGAACAAUCCUGGAAUGAGUAGGUGUUUCCAAACUUUUGACUGGUACUGUAUAUUAUAAUUGUGCAAUGUUUCAUGUCGUUCCAUAUGAUCAAAAUAAAGAAACUUAUGCUACAAGGGGAUAUGGAUCUUUGUCCCAGCGAGCCGUGGUAUCAGCUGAUAUUCGCCAACCAGGCCUGGGAUGUCCAGGUUAUUGAGUUGCCAUAGUGGCCGAUGUGCUCCAGUAAUUAUGUAGUCUGUCUUUCGCUAUGUAGUUUAUUUAUCGCAUGCACAAAUAGCUAGCCUAGGUUUACCAGAAUAUCACCUGUCCGGCAGUGAGAGCGCGCAACUCAUCCAACAUCUGGUUGAUGCGUGAAGAGAAACGUGUUCUGAUAAGCCCAGUCAUUAAGCAACAAUUCUAAAUGCAACCGCAGGAAAAACACAGGUUUGAUGGGAGGAUUUGAUCCCAGCUUUCCAUUAUAGUAUUAUUUAUUCCUCAACUCCUAGUUGAUAGAGUAUCUGGCUUUAGUUAAACUAACCAUGAGAAGGGCUUCGUCAGUGUUUCCCCUGCAUUCAUUUAGCAGCGGCGCACACCAAAAAUAUGGAACAGGAAUCAAUAAAGCGCUGUAAUGAUAACCGGACUAACUUUCCCAGAAACCUUCCCAAUAAAAUGUUAACUAGCGACAAAGUAGCCUAUGCCUACCUGGCAGAAUGAUAUCAUGAUUAUUUCGAUCAAUCCAGUGGCCAUUAGUUUUGCAAACUCCAUCACGUGUGUGCUACAGAAACACAGCUACCUAGAUGCACGGGCACUUGAAUUAAAGGGUAACUACACUAAAAAAUAAACAUGUCUUUAGAUGUUUCCCAGUCCUCAAAAGUGGUCUCCUGAUGUGGUUUUAGCACCAGGCUCUGUCGCAGCCGGCCGCGACCGGGCUCUGUCGCAGCGAAAACCUGAAAAAACUGUGGCAAAACGCUCACACCUGACCCCCCCGCAUGCGCACAAUAUGUGAACACACUGUGAUCUUGCCAUCAUACCUGUGGUUCCUGUUCUGUUGAAAAAUGAAAUUACUAGUAUCAUUCUAGGAAAAAUACUGUGAAAAAUAUUAAUGAAAUUAAAUAAUUCAUUUGCACUAAAUCACUGUGUUUGCUGCUUUAUUUGUUAUAAUUUAAGGCUCUGGAUUGCAGGAAAUGGCACUUACAUAUGUUUAAAAAAUAACAACAAAUUUCUGACUCCAAAGCCCCCCCCCCUCCGGGCCUCCCCAUCACAUCACUCAUCAGCACCACCUUGUUAAAGAAGCCAGGGGAGAACCCUGGAUGUAUUGUUUGUCUAGGAGCAAGGAUGCUAGGAUGCGAGGAGAUAAAGGUGAUGGUUCUGUAAUGCUGUGAAUGUCUGUCCUCUCCCUUCAGAAGACUGCACUGAUUGCUUCGGUGCUCAGAAGAAGGAUGAAUCCAACGACAAAGAGAAGAAGGAAGAGGAAGACGUGUCGACGUCUGUCCAUCACUCCAUCAUCGAGACGUGGGACUGGGGGCGGCAGCCA